AUGAGUUCCCUGGAGGUGGCGCUAUUGGUUCACUGCUUCUUGUACCUCCAGCUACCUCGGGUCGUGGAGCUGAACGUGGGGGGCGAGUUCUACACCACCACCCGGGGCACCCUGCGGAACUUCUCGAGAAGAGAGCUGUUAAAUAUGCUCAACUGCAAGGAUGCGGAGGGCCGCUUCUUCAUUGAUCGCCCCGGCACCUAUUUCGGAGCCAUUCUCGACUACCUGCGCAGCCAGCAGCUGCCCACACAGCACAUCCCCGAGGUGUACCGUGAGGCUCAGUUCUACAACAUCACACCUUUAGUCAAGCAGUUGGAGGACACGCCGCAGAUCUUUGGUGAGCAGGUGGGUCGGAAGCAGUUUUUGCAGCGGGUGCCAAAUUACAGCGAGAACCUGCAGCUCAUGGUGCGCCUGGCGCGCGCAGAGGCCGUGGCGGCCCGCAGCUCCAGCGUGUUGGUGUGUGCGGUGCACACGGAAGAAGAUGCUGCGCACUGCGCAGACUCCCUGCGCGUCCUGGAGGCGGACAAGAGGACGGUCGUCAAAUUCGGACCUUGGAAGGCGGCCCCGGUCAUCAGGGAUCUCCUGGACUCCGUGCGGAUGGACAUUAUGGCUCAGGGGUACCAGGUAUCCUAUGAUUACUGUUCCAAGAAAACAUUUCAGCCUAAGCAUGGGGCCUACGAAUACUUCUAUACGUUCCUGUUUACCUGGUGGUGA